AUGAGUUGCUUGAAGAUUAACACUGAGUUGUGCAGAGGAUGUGGUAUGUGUGCACGUGACUGCAUAGCACAAUGUCUCAAAGUGGAAAACCACAAGAUCACGAUUGUGGAAGAAGAAGCUUCAAACUGUUUUAAAUGUGGACACUGUUCUUCAAUUUGUAAAAGCAAAGCAAUCACUCUCUUUGAAAAACCACUUGAAAACGUUCCAGAAGGACAUAAAGAUGUCAUAGACGCUAUAAAGACAAGAAGAUCAACAAGAUCUUUUAAAGGCCCAAUCCCCAAAGAAGAAUUGACUGAACUUAUCAAUCUGACAAGAUUCUCCCCUUCCGCCAAGAAUUGGAGACCAAUCAAAUAUCUUAUUCCAGAAAUCGUUAAUAUCUUUGGUAACUUUUUGAGUGUCGAUUUGAUCGUCAGAAAGGCUCCACAUGUUGUUAUUGCUUACGUCGACGACUCUCAAAACGUUUGGGCAAAUGACGAUGGAACUAUUGCUUUAACCCAACUUGAACUUGCAGCAACCAACAAAGGGUAUGGCUCUCUUUGGUGUGGCUUGUUAAAGUUCAUGUUUUCGUUCAAUGAGUGUCUUGAUAUUGUUGGACUGAAAGGAAAGAAAGUGGUUGGGUGUUUAGCUAUGGGUGUUCCUUUAUACCACUACACCAGUCAAGUACCACGAGAGGAUGUCCCUAUCAUCUUUUUGGAGUAA